CGCAUGAGGGAGAAAAUUAUAGAAGGAUAUGUGGAUGGGGUGAGACGAGGAGGGGCUGGGAGAAGGCUUGUAUGGAGUAUAAACACCAGCACGGAGCUGAUGGGCCGAAUGGCCUGUUUCCAUGCUGUGAAUACUAUGUCACCACACCUUAAGAUGCAGUGGUGGUCCCAGGAGGAAGAGAUGAUCAAAAGCAUUUGCCAUGACCUCGAGGUUCUUGGAGGCAGAUCAUUUGCGGCUGUGCCAGUGAAGGUUCUGGUCACAGGAGCUGCUGGUCAGAUUGCCUACUCCCUGCUAUACAGCAUAGCCAAUGGAGAGGUGUUUGGGAAAGAGCAGCCUGUGGCUCUGGUCCUGACGGACAUUCCCUCGAGACUGGCUGUGCUGGGCGGUGUGGCGAUGGAGCUGCAGGACUGUGCUCUCGAACUCCUUCAAGGAGUCACUGUGACGGACUGUGACGAGGUGGCCUUCAGGGAUCUGGACGUGGCUGUGCUGGUUGGAGCGAUGCCCAGAGGGGAGGGCAUGGCGAGCGGUGACCAUUUAGGAGCAAACGUUCGGAUGUUCAGGUCCCAGGGGCAGGCCUUGGAGGCGUAUGCCAAGAAGACAGUCAAGGUUCUGGUGGUGGGCAGCCCAGCCAAUACCAACUGCCUCGUCGCCAUGACAUCGGCGCCCUCCAUCCCUCGGGAGAACUUCUCUUGCCUGACACGGCUGGGCCAGAACCAAGCUCAGGCCAAGCUUGGCCUGACACUGGGAACUGGUGCUGGAACCGUCCGGAACGUCAUUGUCUGGGGCAAUCACUCCGACACACACUACCCCGACGUGGACCAUGCCUCAGUCACACGUGGUUCCCGCCGUGUGGGACUCCGGCAGGCCUUAGGGGAUGCCAGGUUGCUGACUGGAGACUCUAACAUGGGCAUCCAGCACCAAGGGGUGAUCCUGAAGGGGUCAGGCAGACUGUCCAGUGCCAUGUCUAUCACCAGCGCCGUCUGUGACCACCUGCAGGCGCUGUGCUACGGGACGCAGGAGGGUGAAUGCGUGUCGAUGGGAGUCAUCUCCAAUGGGAACUGCUAUGGAAUUCCUGAGCAGCUCAUUUACUCAUUUCCAGUAACCGUACAGAACGGAAGAUGGCAGAUUGUGCCCGGCCUGAGUGUGUCCGGCGCCACCCGCCACAGGAUGGCCCUGUCUGCCCAGGAGCUGCUUGAAGAGCGGGAGGGAGCACUCAGAGUGCUGGCAAAGAGUAACCUCUGAGACGUCUGUGCUGGGACCAAUUAAGAUUGAGCAGGGGAUCAGAGAUGCAGAGACCAGUUCUGAGGAUGAUUGCACUGGUGGGACACAUUGCCAUUCUGCUCAGAUCCCCACCUUCCCCUUCUACUGACUGGAACACGUUUCUGGAACAGCCCAGUGCAAACCACCGGAACAUCCAAUCACAUUAUUGCGUGUAAACAUGCAGCUGCAGGUUAACCUGCCCCCUCCCCUCCUCUCGGAGCAGGACUGUGAGCUCACAGCGGAUCACACCACAGCUGCCUUGGAUCACUGACCCUGCACGGACUGUGCAAUGAGCUGCAGUGUCACUCAGAGGUAUAGGUGAGAGUUCGAUUCCGACGCCGGAGAGGUGCAGCCACAUCCAGGUCCACCGUCCUGCCAAAUCCAGGCCUCACUCCACCCCACCCCAUCCCUCACCCAGGACUCCUCUUCCCCCGACACCCCCCACCCGCAGUCAUCCCAAACCCCACACCCCCAACAUUCACCAAUUCAAUACCCGACCCAGUUCAAUGUAUGUACUGCGUGGUUGGAGGAGCCGGCCAUUUCACGAGGCUAGCGGGUUAAACUUGAUGGGGAAGGCACCGCCUGGGAGCUCGCCAGCCACGAUGUGAGAGAUGUCUCCGAGGCAUGACGCGUCCAGCUCACCAGUAGCUCCCCAAAUCCAGUUUGAAAUGAGGCGGCACCUUCUAAACGAUAUAAUAAAAGGUGAAGCUUGUU